GGGCUGGUGCAGGGGCAACCGUAUUAGUGAUCUAUUGCCGUGUGACAACGUUACCCAUCACUUAGCGACAAUCAGGAAACACUUAUUAUCUCACAGUUUCUUGGACGGGGAAUCCCGAGUGGCUCAGCUGAGUAUUUCUGCCAGUGAUUCCCAGGAGGUUGGGGCUGCGGUCUCAACUGAGGCAGGAUCUGUUUCACUCAAGAUCUGAGCCCUUUCGGGGGGUCUUGGCAGGAUUCAGCUUGGAUUGAAGGCCCGACUUCCCCUCGGUGCGAGGCCAUGUGGGUCUCUUCAGACAGCAAGUCAUAGCACAGAGGCCGGGUCCCCAGAAUGAGGGACCUGAGAGAGAUAGAGAGGCACAGAUCAGAGUGAGCAAGUGGUUAGGCACUGAUAUUUUAUAAGCAAAUCUUGGAAGUGACCUUGGGUCACUUUGCUGUCUCCUAGGGAGUCACUAAUGGAGGCCACACUUAAGGGAAGGGCACCAUCCACAUCACAGGAGGAUGUGUCCUCCAGGAGGUGUGAGUCGUGGGGAGCCACUCGGGGGAGAAGUGGACGGUUCUGAAAGGCCCCUGCUCUGCCCAGAAUCACAGAGAUAACGGUGUCCUCACAUUUGGGGUCCUGGCUGCACCCAGGCUUUCUCAGGGGCUCUGGAAAAGACUGUGCUGAUAGAACCAUGUGCAGCCAUGGAGAUGGCACAGGGGAGAGGGUGAGCAUUUGGCAGUCCAGACGAGCAUUUAGCCAGUCCUUGUCUGAGGAGAGGCCCGGUCAGGGAAUAUGGGGUGCCUUCCUCUCCACAGUCACCAGGGUGGAGGAAGCUGGGGGCUCCUUUAUGCAGAGCUCAUGCUUAUGCAGGUUUGAAUGUCACUCUAAAUUGAAUGAUUGCGGCCCAUAGUGAGGUGAGACUGGCCAAGGUGAAUGACAGGCAGAGUCCAGAGGUCAGGAGUAUUGUGACCUUCCAGGCAAAGGCUCCAACCUGUCCCAUAGGGUUGGUUUGAAAAUUAGAAAUCCUAACAUUUGGGAAACUCUUGCCUAUUCCUGCCUAUGUGAGGACUGUGUUUUGUUUUGUUUUUCCUGGGAUCCAGUAAGUGAACACUGACAUGUGUGCGAGUGUAUACACACACACACACACACACACACACACACACUCUCUCUCUAGGUCAGGGGUGGGGAAUGUCCAGCCCGCGGCCUGUAUAAGGCCCACGAAAUCAUUCGGCCUGGCCCUGCCAAGGCAUGAGGGGCGAGUUAAUUAAAUGUUUGACCAAAUACAGCAGGCUGAUUUUUAAGGUGACAUUUUGCAUGGCCCUUGGAUGGUGUUGUAAGUAUCCAGAUGGCCCUUGGCUUUAGCUGUAAUGACUAUGGGAGGGAUACUAAGAAGAGCAGACAUAGAAGAGGUGACAAGAGAAAGCAAAGACAGGUCGGAGGCACUUCUUCCACACGACAGCACUCCUCCAACUUUACAGCUGCUCUCCCACCUGUGCCUGACAUUAUUUCCAAGACGUACAUGCUGCAUAAUCCAUUGUGCCGGCAGGAGACAGACAGGCCCUGACAGCCACCGUGGCUUGUCCAGGAUCAAGAAGAAGAAAGAAUGAGGGGUUGAGUCUGAACCCAAGUCUAUCUCCUCAAAUCUUGGACCCUGGCUGUACCCAGGCCUCCUAGGGGGCUGUGGAGGAAGGCGUGUUGGUGUCAGUGGGGACCGGUAUGUAUUCCAUGGAGAAGGGGUGUGAGCAGUCAGCAACCCUGAGGACUAUUUGGAUAUCUGUUAUUCGAGGAGGGGACUCAGGGAAGGGGGUCACAGGAAGUGAGGUCACUUCCCUAAAGAACUUAGAACCCCCCGUAACCAGGCAGCCACAGUCUAGCAGCAGCCCAACAGCCACUUCACUUGGCAAGAGACACUUGAGAGUUGAAGAUGUCCUCUUGCUGGAGCUCUUGUUAUCGGGGCUCUUGCUCCCGGAGACCCCACAGUGGGAGUUUUUCGAAAUUCUGGAGACGUUGGUUCAACCCUCAUCCCCGGCGUCUCUGGCCAUUCUCCAGGAGGUCCCCUCAGGUAACACAGGCAGCCUCAGGCAGCCCAGUUCAGGCCGGGCCACCUCUGGGAGCCAUCCCUGGGCAGCCCCCAUCCCCUCCUCUCCACGUGGGGGAAGGGGAACCUGAAGGGAGGACCCCUGGGCAGGUUGCAGGGCGGGGCAUAUCCUAGUGAGGCUGUCAUGACCACAGCCAGCACGGAGAGGGGCUUUCCAAGGGGCCUUUCUGUGCCAAUGACAAUCCUAGGCCCUCAGCCUGUCACGUCUUUUCUGUCCUUCGUGGGGGCCUGAGUAAAAUGUGUAUGUGUCUGGAGUGGAAAGAACCACAGGGUCUGCGAAGCACAGGCCGGGCUCUGAGGCUUUCCGCCUGGCGGCUGGGCACUGUCUCCACAGAGCUCCCCACAGGAGGUCAGACAGGAGGUCAGACAGGAGCCGACUGAUGGGGUUCUCAAUGCCAUCCCCCAGCAGGAGGCACAGGGGCCCCACGCUGCCAAAAGAGUGCCGCUCGGUCUCAAGGGGCAAACCGCAUCCACCGGGAACACAAAUAAGCUCUGUAUGGUGCCGACCGCCCGGGCACACCGGCUGGCCAAGCUGGUGGAGUACCUGGUGCCUGCCUUCCUGGGCAGGGACCCCACCUUCGUCCCCACCUUUCUCUGGAGCUACAGAGCUUUCGCCACCACCCAACAGGUGUUGGACCUACUGUUGACAAGGUAUGGCUGCAUCUUCCCGUAUGCUGAAGAGGAUGGUGGGCCUGUGGACCAGCAGAAAAAGGCCAUCAUCUCCAUCCUGGGCAUGUGGCUGGACCAGUUCCCUCAGGACUUUUUCCAGCCCCCAGACUUUCCGGGCCUGGUGACGCUGCUGGCCUACCUGGAGCUCAACUUCCCGGGCUCAGCCCUGGAGCGCCAGGCCCAGCUGCUCCUUUCAGAGCCGGAGAGCCGCGAGCCCACAGACGCGGAGGCGGAGGGUGAGGAGGACUCGGAGCCGGAGAGCCGGGAGCCCACAGACGCGGAGGGUGAGGAGGACUCGGAGCUGGAGCGCCGCGAGCCCACAGACGCGGAGGCGGAGGGUGAGGAGGCUCGGAGCCGGAGAGCCGGGAGCCCACAGACGCGGAGGGUGAGGAGGACUCGGAGCCGGAGAGCCGGGAGCCCACAGACGCGGAGGGUGAGGAGGACUCGGAGCUGGAGCGCCGCGAGCCCACAGACGCGGAGGGUGAGGAGGACUCGGAGCUGGAGCGCCGCGAGCCCACAGACGCGGAGGGUGAGGAGGACUCGGAGCUGGAGCGCCGCGAGCCCACAGACGCGGAGGCGGAGGGUGAGGAGGACUCGGAGCCGGAGAGCCGGGAGCCCACAGACGCGGAGGCGGAGGAACCAGCUCCAGAGCCAGAUAAAAAAAGACCUCAGGAGGCAACGCCGACACCCGUGGCCUCUCCGGAGCCAGAGUGGGCUCCGGGCACAGCUUUCACUGACCUUCACGAGGCAGAAGAACCACCUGCUGCGUGUGGGCCGCUCCCCUCAGCUCCUGCGAGGCCUGUGGUCCCCGGUCCUGGGCUGCAGCCUGUGUAGCUGCCACGGCAGAGGGGGCUCCCCCUGCCGCUCACCCCUUUAAUUGCAGCUUUUACAUUUUUGUGUUUAUAUUAGAUAUACUUAAAUUUUUACUGUAGUUUCUGUAAUAUUCAGUUAAAAUAAAAUGUAUUUCAAAUAUAAUAAAAUGUUAAUAAAAUUAUAUUUAAUAAAAUCUAAUAAGAGAUGUCAGUGUUAAGAAAGAAUUAACCUUGAAUAGUAUGAACCUAACAUAAUUUAAAUGGCUACU